UUCUCUUCUUUUCCGAGUGGUACGCAAAAGUUUCGAAAGUUUGAAGUGAAAAAGCAAACUUUAUGCAAAAUUGUGCUGGUAAGACUCGGUUCUAUGUGUAUUUUGUAGCAUAAUAUUAAUGACUAGGGACAUGGCUGGUCUGGAGGAGUACGAGAGGUAUCUGGAAGACGAUGAAGACCAGUUAGAUAAUAUACCUCGGUUUCAUCCAUCCUUCAGAUCACCGCUUGAAGCGACGCAUUAUCAGAUUAUUAAUUCGGAACGUGAUUUGACGCUUCCGUUGCAAAAGCAUAAAAAUGUACAACCAAUCUAUGAAAGUCCGGAUGAGGAUAUUUCGCUCCGAAAAUAUCUGGGUGCUAGCGUCAAUCUUAUCAGCCUGAUAACGGAAAACCUACUAUGCCAUCCUUUCAUGGUACUCCGACGGCAAUGUCAGGUACAUCAUAAUUCGAGGAAGUACCACAUUGUACCGUUGACACUGGUGCCGAUUAUAGUCCAUCUACAUCAACGGCAGGGUGUUACUACUCUAUGGAAAGGAAUCGGAAGCGUUCUCCUGGUGCGGGGCAUGACUCUGGCAGUAGAGGAUGUUGUUUCAAAAUUCACACCAUGGCCAAAGGAAGUAAAUUCAAAAACAACUAUGAAGCAGUUUGGACAACAUCUGCUGCUUAAAUGCAUAAGCUUAGCCACAAUUGUUCCCUUUUAUUCCGCAUCUCUCGUAGAGACUGUCCAAAGCGACAUUGCAAGCGAGAAACCCGGAAUUCUCGACGUAUUUCGCGAAGGUGCCAGCCGUCUGGUGUCAUGGAGCGUUCCGCAGAAAGGUCGAAUGCUACCCAUUUGGGCUCUCGUCGGUCCAAGCAUAUCGUUAGGAAUAUCUAAAUACGUUUGCCAGCUUUUCGUAAGAGGUAUAUCCACACGAAUCAUGUGCCGUCGGGUAACGUUCUUCGAAGAGAAGCGAGGCGCACGUACUCGCGAUUUCGCCGCUCAAAGCCAGGUUAUUGAAGUGUACUCGACAAUGAUCUCACUCAUGGCCACCGAGAUAAUCUUCUAUCCGUUCGAAACGAUUCUGCACCGGAUCCAGCUACAAGGCACACGUACCAUCAUCGAUAAUCUCGAUUCCGGAUAUUCGGUAGUUCCGAUACUGACUAGCUACGAAGGUGUUGUCGAUUGCUACCGGCAGACCAUAGCUACCGAAGGUGUCUCCGGCCUAUACAAAGGCUUUGGGGCGAUGCUAUUGCAGUUUGCUGCUCAUGUUGCUGUGAUAAAGUUGGGGAAAUGGAUCAUCACGCAAAUAUCCGAAAUCAUGUCCAACAAGCCACCGCCGAAGGUGACUGAGUUCUACAAUCUGGAUGCGAAAAACUCCGGUGGGUCGGUUAGCAUGUCGAGGAGCAUCAGUGGAAUAAGCUCCCUCAGCGAGGAACUUUCUUAGGUCACAAUAAAUUGUAACAAGCGGGAUUAAAGUUGAUUCAUUACCUACAAAAU